AUGUGGGAUACUUACUUUCUGAAUCAGGAGGAUGCCUCGGACUCUGACAGCACGGCAGAAGAUAUGUGGGACAUUUACUUUCUGAAUCAGGAGGAUGUCAUUAAUGACGCUGAAAUUGCACCAGACAACAACAAGAGUGCAGAAGUGUUUUCAAAACUAAUUCCACCAAAUGCCUCUGAUCCGAAAAGCGCCGAUUCUUUGAUUGCAUCUCAAAUGGCAAAGCUCUCAGUCGCCGAUCGAGAAAAGGCGUACAUGGACGUCCAUGGGAUACCAGACCUUGUUGCAGAAACCCCAGAACUAAUUCAGAAGAGUUUGCUGGAAUUGCAACACGAGAUCGAUAUGCUACCUGACAAGAAAGCUUACAGCUUUGCUGCGCGAGUGGAUGCGAAAUAUGUCCAGGAUCGUGACUUCUGUCUCGCCUGCCUUAGAUGUGAGAAGUUUGAUUGUCAAAAGGCAGCCAUCCGUAUCAUACGCCAUUUUCAAAUGAAGUUGGACUUGUUUGGGGUUGACAAGCUUGUGAUGCGCAUUACUCAAGACGACCUGGAAACCGAUGACAUGGAUGCUCUCUAUAGCUCCACUGGAAGAUUCUUGAACGUGUAUGAUACUGGGGGAAGAAUCAUCAAUCUCAUAGUUCAAGUGCGCAAAAUGUUCAAGACCGAUGCAAUUCUUCGAAGAGGCUUUUACAACCUGGUGACAGCUUACCACGACGUAGAGAUACAACGACGUGGCUUUGUCAGUGUCGUUCUCCAUUCUUUAGAUGAAAUAAAGAACACGAGCGCGGAUAAUGCUGAGCUUGUCUGGAAAAUGCCAAAGCUAAAUGAAGGAUCGCCAAUGUACAUGUCGGCACUACAUCUAUGUUAUAGUGAAGAAACGUGGGAAGGUCUUCAUGCACUGGUUAAGACUUCGCUCAGCCAGAAAAACCAAGCUAGAUGUAGAGUGCACCAUGGUACAGUCCUCGAAUGUCUAGAGCGAUUGCGGGGAAAUGGAAUCGACCCAUCGUCCAUACCUGUGAAUGACAGAGGCGAGAUUACUGACCAUUUCGAAGAUAGUCAGAGAUUGGAAAAACAACGGUGUUUGGAGCGGUUGAAAUAUCCUAUUCGUAGCACGAUUGGUGUUCCAUUUUGCGAGGAUGUUUUGCUGGGCAAGGGGACCCCAUUUCAGAUCCACACCGGCAACAGGAAGCUUCGAAAGAUCGUCGUGGAUCGGCACAAGGAGUACGAAAAGGCAAAAAAAGGAAGAAAGAAGGUUAUCGCGCAAGAGUGCGUUGACGCCAUUAGGAGCAACGGAGGCCUAUUUCUAAAGCAGGAUGGCAACAAGUGGUUUGUAGUGGACAUCGAGGUUGCCAUCAAGAAAGUUGGUGCACUUUUUCGAUCACUUCGGCUAAGGAAAGCUGAUGGACCAAAGUAA